AUGGUUAGUACCAGUAUUUGUAUUACCUGUACUACUGCUAUUACCUGGAGGACUAUAGCUACUGCUCCUGCUAUCAUGGUUAAUACCAGUAUUUGUAUUACCUCUACUACUGCUAUUACCUGGAGGACUAAAGCUACUGCUCCUGCUAUCAUGGUUAGCACCAGUAUUUGUAUUACCUCUACUACUGCUAUUACCUGGAGGACUAUAGCUACUGCUCCUGCUAUCAUGGUUAGCACCAGUAUUUGUAUUACCUCUACUACUGCUAUUACCUGGAGGACCAUAGCUACUGCUAUCGUUGUUAGCACCAGUAUUUGUAUUACCUCUACUACUGCUAUUACCUGGAGGACUGUAGCUACUGCUAUCGUUGUUAGCACCAGUAUUUGUAUUACCUCUACUACUGCUAUUACCUGGAGGACUGUAGCUACUGCUCCUGCUAUCAUGGUUAGUACCAGUAUUUGUAUUACCUCUACUACUGCUAUUACCUGGAGGACUGUAGCUACUGCUCCUGCUAUCAUGGUUAUUACCAGUAUUUGUAUUACCUCUACUACUGCUAUUACCUGGAGGACUAUAGCUACUGCUAUCGUUGUUAGCACCAGUAUUUGUAUUACCUCUACUACUGCUAUUACCUGGAGGACUGUAGCUACUGCUAUCGUUGUUAGCACCAGUAUUUGUAUUACCUCUACUACUGCUAUUACCUGGAGGACUGUAGCUACUGCUCCUGCUAUCAUUGUUAGCACCAGUAUUUGUAUUACCUCUACUACUGCUAUUACCUGGAGGACUAUAGCUACUGCUCCUGCUAUCAUGGUUAGUACCAGUAUUUGUAUUACCUCUACUACUGCUAUUACCUGGAGGACUGUAGCUACUGCUCCUGCUAUCAUGGUUAUUACCAGUAUUUGUAUUACCUCUACUACUGCUAUUACCUGGAGGACUAUAGCUACUGCUACUGCUAUCGUUGUUAGCACCAGUAUUUGUAUUACCUCUACUACUGCUAUUACCUGGAGGACUGUAGCUACUGCUAUCGUUGUUAGCACCAGUAUUUGUAUUACCUGUACUACUGCUAUUACCUGGAGGACUGUAGCUACCGCUAUCAUGGUUAGUACCAGUAUUUGUAUUACCUCUACUACUGCUAUUACCUGGAGGACUAUAGCUACUGCUCCUGCUAUCAUGGUUAAUACCAGUAUUUGUAUUACCUCUACUACUGCUAUUACCUGGAGGACUAUAGCUACUGCUCCUGCUAUCAUGGUUAGCACCAGUAUUUGUAUUACCUCUACUACUGCUAUUACCUGGAGGACUAUAGCUACUGCUCCUGCUAUCAUGGUUAGCACCAGUAUUUGUAUUACCUCUACUACUGCUAUUACCUGGAGGACCAUAGCUACUGCUAUCGUUGUUAGCACCAGUAUUUGUAUUACCUCUACUACUGCUAUUACCUGGAGGACUGUAGCUACUGCUAUCGUUGUUAGCACCAGUAUUUGUAUUACCUCUACUACUGCUAUUACCUGGAGGACUGUAGCUACUGCUCCUGCUAUCAUGGUUAGUACCAGUAUUUGUAUUACCUCUACUACUGCUAUUACCUGGAGGACUGUAGCUACUGCUCCUGCUAUCAUUGUUAGCACCAGUAUUUGUAUUACCUCUACUACUGCUAUUACCUGGAGGACUAUAGCUACUGCUCCUGCUAUCAUGGUUAUUACCAGUAUUUGUAUUACCUCUACUACUGCUAUUACCUGGAGGACUAUAGCUACUGCUAUCGUUGUUAGCACCAGUAUUUGUAUUACCUCUACUACUGCUAUUACCUGGAGGACUGUAGCUACUGCUAUCGUUGUUAGCACCAGUAUUUGUAUUACCUCUACUUCUGCUAUUACCUGGAGGACUGUAGCUACCGCUAUCAUGGUUAGUACCAGUAUUUGUAUUACCUGUACUACUGCUAUUACCUGGAGGACUAUAGCUACUGCUCCUGCUAUCAUGGUUAAUACCAGUAUUUGUAUUACCUCUACUACUGCUAUUACCUGGAGGACUAUAGCUACUGCUCCUGCUAUCAUGGUUAGCACCAGUAUUUGUAUUACCUCUACUACUGCUAUUACCUGGAGGACUAUAGCUACUGCUCCUGCUAUCAUGGUUAGCACCAGUAUUUGUAUUACCUCUACUACUGCUAUUACCUGGAGGACCAUAGCUACUGCUGCUAUCGUUGUUAGCACCAGUAUUUGUAUUACCUCUACUACUGCUAUUACCUGGAGGACUGUAGCUACUGCUAUCGUUGUUAGCACCAGUAUUUGUAUUACCUCUACUACUGCUAUUACCUGGAGGACUGUAGCUACUGCUCCUGCUAUCAUGGUUAGUACCAGUAUUUGUAUUACCUCUACUACUGCUAUUACCUGGAGGACUGUAGCUACUGCUCCUGCUAUCAUGGUUAUUACCAGUAUUUGUAUUACCUCUACUACUGCUAUUACCUGGAGGACUAUAGCUACUGCUAUCGUUGUUAGCACCAGUAUUUGUAUUACCUCUACUACUGCUAUUACCUGGAGGACUGUAGCUACUGCUAUCGUUGUUAGCACCAGUAUUUGUAUUACCUCUACUACUGCUAUUACCUGGAGGACUGUAGCUACCGCUAUCAUGGUUAGUACCAGUAUUUGUAUUACCUCUACUACUGCUAUUACCUGGAGGACUAUAGCUACUGCUCCUGCUAUCAUGGUUAAUACCAGUAUUUGUAUUACCUCUACUACUGCUAUUACCUGGAGGACUAUAGCUACUGCUCCUGCUAUCAUGGUUAGCACCAGUAUUUGUAUUACCUCUACUACUGCUAUUACCUGGAGGACUAUAGCUACUGCUCCUGCUAUCAUGUUUAGCACCAGUAUUUGUAUUACCUCUACUACUGCUAUUACCUGGAGGACUGUAGCUACUGCUCCUGCUAUCAUGGUUAGUACCAGUAUUUGUAUUACCUCUACUACUGCUAUUACCUGGAGGACUAUAGCUACUGCUAUCGUUGUUAGCACCAGUAUUUGUAUUACCUCUACUACUGCUAUUACCUGGAGGACUGUAGCUACCGCUAUCAUGGUUAGUACCAGUAUUUGUAUUACCUCUACUACUGCUAUUACCUGGAGGACUAUAGCUACUGCUCCUGCUAUCAUGGUUAAUACCAGUAUUUGUAUUACCUCUACUACUGCUAUUACCUGGAGGACUAUAGCUACUGCUCCUGCUAUCAUGGUUAAUACCAGUAUUUGUAUUACCUCUACUACUGCUAUUACCUGGAGGACUGUAGCUACUGCUCCUGCUAUCAUGGUUAAUACCAGUAUUUGUAUUACCUCUACUACUGCUAUUACCUGGAGGACUGUAGCUACUGCUCCUGCUAUCAUUGUUAGUACCAGUAUUUGUAUUACCUCUACUACUGCUAUUACCUGGAGGACUGUAGCUACCGCUAUCAUUGUUAGCACCAGUAUUUGUAUUACCUCUACUACUGCUAUUACCUGGAGGACUGUAGCUACUGCUACUGCUAUCAUUGUUAGCACCAGUAUUUGUAUUACCUCUACUACUUCUAUUACCUGGAGGACUGUAGCUACUGCUAUCGUUGUUAGCACCAGUAUUUGUAUUACCUCUACUACUGCUAUUACCUGGAGGACUGUAGCUACUGCUAUCGUUGUUAGCACCAGUAUUUGUAUUACCUCUACUACUGCUAUUACCUGGAGGACUGUAGCUACUGCUCCUGCUAUCAUGGUUAGCACCAGUAUUUGUAUUACCUCUACUACUGCUAUUACCUGGAGGACUGUAGCUACUGCUCCUGCUAUCAUGGUUAAUACCAGUAUUUGUAUUACCUCUACUACUGCUAUUACCUGGAGGACUAUAGCUACUGCUCCUGCUAUCAUGGUUAGUACCAGUAUUUGUAUUACCUCUACUACUGCUAUUACCUGGAGGACUAUAGCUACUGCUCCUGCUAUCAUGGUUAGUACCAGUAUUUGUAUUACCUCUACUACUGCUAUUACCUGGAGGACUAUAGCUACUGCUAUCGUUGUUAGCACCAGUAUUUGUAUUACCUCUACUACUGCUAUUACCUGGAGGACUAUAGCUACUGCUCCUGCUAUCAUGGUUAUUACCAGUAUUUGUAUUACCUCUACUACUGCUAUUACCUGGAGGACUGUAGCUACUGCUAUCGUUGUUAGCACCAGUAUUUGUAUUACCUCUACUUCUGCUAUUACCUGGAGGACUGUAGCUACCGCUAUCAUGGUUAGUACCAGUAUUUGUAUUACCUGUACUACUGCUAUUACCUGGAGGACUAUAGCUACUGCUCCUGCUAUCAUGGUUAAUACCAGUAUUUGUAUUACCUCUACUACUGCUAUUACCUGGAGGACUAUAGCUACUGCUCCUGCUAUCAUGGUUAGCACCAGUAUUUGUAUUACCUCUACUACUGCUAUUACCUGGAGGACUAUAGCUACUGCUCCUGCUAUCAUGGUUAGCACCAGUAUUUGUAUUACCUCUACUACUGCUAUUACCUGGAGGACCAUAGCUACUGCUAUCGUUGUUAGCACCAGUAUUUGUAUUACCUCUACUACUGCUAUUACCUGGAGGACUGUAGCUACUGCUAUCGUUGUUAGCACCAGUAUUUGUAUUACCUCUACUACUGCUAUUACCUGGAGGACUGUAGCUACUGCUCCUGCUAUCAUGGUUAGUACCAGUAUUUGUAUUACCUCUACUACUGCUAUUACCUGGAGGACUGUAGCUACUGCUCCUGCUAUCAUGGUUAUUACCAGUAUUUGUAUUACCUCUACUACUGCUAUUACCUGGAGGACUAUAGCUACUGCUAUCGUUGUUAGCACCAGUAUUUGUAUUACCUCUACUACUGCUAUUACCUGGAGGACUGUAGCUACUGCUAUCGUUGUUAGCACCAGUAUUUGUAUUACCUCUACUACUGCUAUUACCUGGAGGACUGUAGCUACCGCUAUCAUGGUUAGUACCAGUAUUUGUAUUACCUCUACUACUGCUAUUACCUGGAGGACUAUAGCUACUGCUCCUGCUAUCAUGGUUAAUACCAGUAUUUGUAUUACCUCUACUACUGCUAUUACCUGGAGGACUAUAGCUACUGCUCCUGCUAUCAUGGUUAGCACCAGUAUUUGUAUUACCUCUACUACUGCUAUUACCUGGAGGACUAUAGCUACUGCUCCUGCUAUCAUGUUUAGCACCAGUAUUUGUAUUACCUCUACUACUGCUAUUACCUGGAGGACUGUAGCUACUGCUCCUGCUAUCAUGGUUAGUACCAGUAUUUGUAUUACCUCUACUACUGCUAUUACCUGGAGGACUAUAGCUACUGCUAUCGUUGUUAGCACCAGUAUUUGUAUUACCUCUACUACUGCUAUUACCUGGAGGACUGUAGCUACCACUAUCAUGGUUAGUACCAGUAUUUGUAUUACCUCUACUACUGCUAUUACCUGGAGGACUAUAGCUACUGCUCCUGCUAUCAUGGUUAAUACCAGUAUUUGUAUUACCUCUACUACUGCUAUUACCUGGAGGACUAUAGCUACUGCUCCUGCUAUCAUGGUUAAUACCAGUAUUUGUAUUACCUCUACUACUGCUAUUACCUGGAGGACUGUAGCUACUGCUCCUGCUAUCAUGGUUAAUACCAGUAUUUGUAUUACCUCUACUACUGCUAUUACCUGGAGGACUGUAGCUACUGCUCCUGCUAUCAUUGUUAGUACCAGUAUUUGUAUUACCUCUACUACUGCUAUUACCUGGAGGACUGUAGCUACUGCUACUGCUAUCAUUGUUAGCACCAGUAUUUGUAUUACCUCUACUACUUCUAUUACCUGGAGGACUGUAGCUACUGCUAUCGUUGUUAGCACCAGUAUUUGUAUUACCUCUACUACUGCUAUUACCUGGAGGACUGUAGCUACUGCUAUCGUUGUUAGCACCAGUAUUUGUAUUACCUCUACUACUGCUAUUACCUGGAGGACUGUAGCUACUGCUCCUGCUAUCAUGGUUAGCACCAGUAUUUGUAUUACCUCUACUACUGCUAUUACCUGGAGGACUGUAGCUACUGCUCCUUCUAUCAUGGUUAAUACCAGUAUUUGUAUUACCUCUACUACUGCUAUUACCUGGAGGACUAUAGCUACUGCUCCUGCUAUCAUGGUUAGUACCAGUAUUUGUAUUACCUCUACUACUGCUAUUACCUGGAGGACUAUAGCUACUGCUCCUGCUAUCAUGGUUAGUACCAGUAUUUGUAUUACCUCUACUACUGCUAUUACCUGGGGGACUAUAGCUACUGCUAUCGUUUUUAGCACCAGUAUUUGUAUUACCUCUACUACUGCUAUUACCUGGAGGACUGUAGCUACUGCUCCUGCUAUCAUGGUUAAUACCAGUAUUUGUAUUACCUCUACUACUGCUAUUACCUGGAGGACUGUAGCUACUGCUCCUGCUAUCAUGGUUAGUACCAGUAUUUGUAUUACCUCUACUACUGCUAUUACCUGGAGGACUAUAGCUACUGCUAUCGUUGUUAGCACCAGUAUUUGUAUUACCUCUACUACUGCUAUUACCUGGAGGACUAUAGCUACUGCUCCUGCUAUCAUGGUUAUUACCAGUAUUUGUAUUACCUCUACUACUGCUAUUACCUGGAGGACUAUAGCUACUGCUAUCGUUGUUAGCACCAGUAUUUGUAUUACCUCUACUACUGCUAUUACCUGGAGGACUGUAGCUACUGCUACCGCUAUUAUUGUUAGCACCAGUAUUUGUAUUACCUCUACUACUGCUAUUACCUGGAGGACCAUAGCUACUGCUAUCGUUGUUAGCACCAGUAUUUGUAUUACCUCUACUACUGCUAUUACCUGGAGGACUGUAGCUACUGCUCCUGCUAUCAUGGUUAUUACCAGUAUUUGUAUUACCUCUACUACUGCUAUUACCUGGAGGACUAUAGCUACUGCUAUCGUUGUUAGCACCAGUAUUUGUAUUACCUCUACUACUGCUAUUACCUGGAGGACUGUAGCUACUGCUACCGCUAUCAUUGUUAGUAGCAGUAUUUGUAUUACCUCUACUACUGCUAUUACCUGGAGGACUAUAGCUACUGCUAUCGUUGUUAGCACCAGUAUUUGUAUUACCUCUACUACUGCUAUUACCUGGAGGACUGUAGCUACUGCUCCUGCUAUCAUGGUUAAUACCAGUAUUUGUAUUACCUCUACUACUGCUAUUACCUGGAGGACUAUAGCUACUGCUCCUGCUAUCAUGGUUAGUACCAGUAUUUGUAUUACCUCUACUACUGCUAUUACCUGGAGGACUAUAGCUACUGCUAUUGUUGUUAGCACCAGUAUUUGUAUUACCUCUACUACUGCUAUUACCUGGAGGACUGUAGCUACUGCUCCUGCUAUCAUGGUUAAUACCAGUAUUUGUAUUACCUCUACUACUGCUAUUACCUGGAGGACUAUAGCUACUGCUCCUGCUAUCAUGGUUAGUACCAGUAUUUGUAUUACCUCUACUACUGCUAUUACCUGGAGGACUGUAGCUACUGCUACCGCUAUUAUUGUUAGCACCAGUAUUUGUAUUACCUCUACUACUGCUUUUACCUGGAGGACCAUAGCUACUGCUAUCAUUGUUAGCACCAGUAUUUGUAUUACCUCUACUACUGCUAUUACCUGGAGGACUGUAGCUACUGCUCCUGCUAUCAUUGUUAGUAGCAGUAUUUGUAUUACCUCUACUACUGCUAUUACCUGGAGGACUAUAGCUACUGCUCCUGCUAUCAUGGUUAGUACAAGUAUUUGUAUUACCUCUACUACUGCUAUUACCUGGAGGACUGUAGCUACACCUACUGCUAUUAUUGUUAGUAGCAGUAUUUGUAUUACUUCUACUGCUACUUUUACCUGCACAAUUUUAGCUACUGCUGCUAUUACUUUUACAAGUAAUACUGUUUUUGAUACUACUGUCGCCAUGUCUGUUUCUACUGCUGCUAUUACUUUUACAAGUAAUACUAUUUUUGAUACUACUGUCACCAUGUCUGUUUCUACUGCUGCUAUUACUUUUACAAGUGAUACUAUUUUUGAUACUACUGUCGCCAUGUCUGUUUCUACUGCUGCUAUUACUUUUACAAGUAAUACUAUUUUUGAUACUACUGUUGCCUUGUCUGUUUCUACUGUUGCUAUUAGUAUCAGUCCUGUUGUGAACUUUCUGCAGGGAUGCUUUAUAUGUGCACUCACCAAAGAAUGGAGCUGUGCCCCCAUACCGACUGUAUUCUAA